UGGUUUUUUUUUUUUUUUUUUUUUUUUUUUUUUGGUCGUGUGUUUGUGGCUCGCAUUGCGUGUUCCUGGUUUUUGGUUGGGUAUGGUUGAAACUCAUGCGGUGACGUCCGGAGAAGCGCUUCCCCAUGUUAGGAAUCUAGAAGGAUUGGUGGUUGCUGUUGAGGAUUGUCAGGAGGAAUCAUCUAAGUCAGUAUGGACCAGAAGAAGAGGAAGUUGGAAGAUCCACCAGCCACGAAUGCGAAAGAAGACAACACUGCUGUAGUUGGGGGACCAACAGUGUCUGUUCCUUCUUUCGUGAUCACUAAGGAGGAUGUCAAGAAGCUUUUGGAGUCAUUUACGAAGGAUCGAUUGAUGGAUUUAUUGGAAAAUGCUGCUCUUGUUCAUACAGAUGUUCUUCAGGAAAUUCGCAAGGUGGCUGACAAAGUUCCUGGUCAUCGGAAGAUUUUUGUAAGGGGCCUUGGUUGGGACUCAACGACAGAAACCUUGAAGACAGUAUUCUCACAAUUUGGAGAAGUGGAGGAGGGGGCGGUUGUUAUGGACAAGGGUACUGGAAAGAGUAGAGGCUUUGGAUUUGUGACAUUCAUACACAUGGACGGUGCUCAACGAUCACUGAAGGAACCUAGCAAGCGGAUUGAUGGACGGAUGACAGAUUGUCAGUUGGCAUCAACUGGGGCGUUGCAAAUAAAUCCUAAUCAAGAAGUUUCAACGAGAAAAAUUUACGUGGGCAACAUAUCCCUUGAUCUUUCUGCGGACAGGCUGCUGGCUUUUUUCGCAGGAUAUGGAGAAAUUGGAGAGGGUCCCUUAGGAUUCGACAAAUUCACUGGACGCUCACGAGGUUUCGCUUUGUUUAUUUACAAGACAGUUGAAGCUACAAAGAGGGCAUUGUUGGAGCCAAUCAAGACUUUAGAUGGUAUUCAAAUGUACUGUAAGCUUGCCUCUGAGAAUCAGAAACAGGGGCAGGGGAGGCAAGGCCCUCCCGGUAAAAGCGACAAUGAUUUAAUACUAGGCAGGCAGCAGAUAUCAACUCCUCCGUCCCUCUCAAACGAACAAAAUAUGUCGUACGGAUCCAUGAAUACUGGUUCAUUAACUACUGGAAUUCCGCUCAACCAGGGCGUGAAUCAAGGAAUGAGUCAAGGAAGUCACAUGGGUCUCAAUAAUCAUAAUCAAGGUCUUAGCAACCUGAAGAGCACAUUGAACUCGCCCCUCAACUAUACAUUGAAUUCAUCAUUAUCUCCUCUAGGACAGUUAACGAAUUCAUCGUUAAAUGGUUCUUUUAACUCCGGUCACCCACAAACAUCCCUUGGAAUGGGAUCUUACAGUUCACAAUUGGCUGUGUCCCAAUAUGGAGGUCAACCAACUGGCCUUGGUGGGCAACCUACAUAUUCUUCGAUGAAUGGGGUUCUUUAUUGCUCGGCAGCCAACUCAGCAGCCUCGCAGCAGCAAGCAGCGCUGCAGGUAGCUGGUGGUCAUUACGGAUAUGGGUCAUAUCAAAGUCCUCAACUUCCAACAUCUUCUGCUCCUCGCGCCCCUCCCGUAGGAAAUAUGUACAUGCCUUCCAACCAUAACCUAAAAGGUAAGCAUUGGUGUCUUCACUUUCUUGCUCUUUAAGGUGCGCUAUUCUUUUACUGACCAAUUGUGAGACCUCCUAAUUAAAUAUGCUCGAAUGAUUGUCCUCUUUUCGUUCAAAGUUGCGAGUUUGGUUCACGUCUGAGAGAGGCAUCGGAGUUUUGAAUGAAUAUUAAAUCUUGGAUGUUUUAUUUUGGAUGUUGAAUACAAAUUCAGCAAUAACAAUUUUUUUGUCUGUGAUGUUUCAUGUCUGGAUUAUCUACAUGUCUGUGAUCACUGUUCAGUGUAUACAAGAGUUUCAGUUGUUUUCAAUUAGGAUGAUUAUGUUUGUGCUACAUUGGGCAACAGAGGUUAUUUGUGAGAAGGGAGAUUUAAGUACUAAACAUUGUGCUUACUGUAAAUGUUCUGUUGCGGAUUUUGUUCUUUUGACUUUUUCUUUUUUUCUUUUUUUCUUUUCUCCAGUUCUUUGCAAAUUGUGAUAGUUUAACCUUUUUAUCUUAAUAAUGUUGCAAGCUUGUUGGUCUAGUUUCUUUGAGGAAUUCAAGUUUCGAACGGGAUAUUACCACAGUUUGAUAGCAAAUACAAAAAACAAGAGUUGAAAUUAGUGGUGAAAAAGUUUGGUCAUUUCAUAACCGAUGCCCAUAAUUUGAAUCUCUGUGACUCUGAAAAUCUCUAAUAUUUAUCGUUUUUAUCCAUCAACUCUAGCGUACGCCAUGCACUACUUAUUGUUCUAGUAAUUGACGGAUCUCUGUUGACAAUGUUGGUGGACAUGGGAUUACCAUGAGAUAAGUUCCAGGCCCGAUCGACCAGGUUUCACAAAGAAGCUUUAAAGAUUAUUUUUUCUUAUCAAAUUUAAUGUAUAAAGAUCCAAAGUGGUUUAUUGCCAUGUUUUCAGUCAAGUAAUUUCAUGACUGAAAAGUUAUGGAGACUAAUUAUUCCUUUUAAUUGUAUUUUUGCUGUUAAACGAAUCGUUUGGUUUUACAUUUAACAACAUGCUCAAGUAGUGAACGGUUUGAACUGAUGGUAGCGUUACAUUUGUUGGGUUUUACGGUUUGAGUUCUGCUCCGUUCUGUAUUUCUCGUUUUCUCAUUUUCUUGUUUGUCUUCUGUUUUUUGUUUUUUGUUUUUUGUUUUACUUUCAUUGGCUGUAAAGUUAACUAGGUUAUUACCGAUCUUUUUUGGAUCUUCAAUUUUGAUCGUUUCUUUCCAAUUCGAUCAGUAAUCGUAUCAGAUUGCUGUCUAUAGCAUGAUGGGUCAUUUCGGUUGAUUGAAACAACCCCCCGCUCCCUUUUUUCAUUUUUAGUUAUUUGUGGAUAAAUUGUUCACUCUCCUCCAAGCAGAUAAAUUGAUUGUAUCAAUAGAAUCUUAGAGCGCUUCUUCUAGCUGCAGUAUGUCUAGGAAUAUGGCUUUUGUUAUCUGCAUGCUUUAUUCAGUUUUCAACAGUAAUGUCGGGGUUUACACAUACCUCAUUGUGUAGGAGUGCUUCAGCUUUCAAGUUUUGUAGCUUCUGUUACUGAAAUCAUUUUGAUUAUUCUACUUGGAAUACAGGUAUGUCUACGAUCGUUCUCUUUGGUCCGUUUUAUCUUUGCAAAGUAUUUUCUUCCAACUUUUUACUUUGUCGUAUGGUUUUUCAAUACUUAAGACAGAAAUACGUGCAAGGCUAGGGCUGCAGAUGGACAGCUCGUCACUCGGAUGUGGGUUCGAUCCCCACUAGCCUUUUCCUGAUGUAGUAAGGUGCUGGAUGCAUGUACUGGAUGUAGGCUGGAGCAGCUGUCAUGCUCCAUUACGCUGUUCCAUGGUUCUCUUGACUAAAGUAAUCUUUGAAUCUCCAGAUCGUGGUAUUUUAUCACAAUUGUAUUGGUAAUUUGAAGAUGAAAGCAGACCUUUCUGAUGCUAUUAAUCUUGAGUUUGCAACCUGGACGGACAAUUAUUGAGCCUUAGAAUUGGCACAAAUUCAAGGAAGUUGGAGAAAUAAUUACAGGUAUGUCGUCAUGGGAAGUUGCUCUUGGAACUCGCAUUGGUUGAGUGGACUGUAUAGCUAAUAUAUGAUAAAAGGAAUUUAUUUUUGGAUCUGCUACCUCUCCCACCCUUAGAAAUUUUUGGUCACCCUAUUGAUGUCCUUGGAUGUAUCUUUGAAAGCCCGUUGAGGAUCAAGAGAGUUGUUUCUACGCACAAAACUUUCAGUGGGUGAAUAUCAGAUUUCGCUUUAUGGUGUAGUCUUGCACUUCUGUUGGCCACCUUUUAGAUGCAGGCAAGCUGGGCAUAUAGUUAAAGUAACCGAAGCGGUGUUAGUAAGGGAAAUUACCUUUGGAACUUCACAAAUUGGCUUCUAUAAACCUCGUGUGCAACAUAGCUCUUAAAUAUAUCUUGCAGAAGUGACUUAGUAUGCAUGAAUUACCUUCUCUUAUGCUCACAUUGUAAGGUGAUCUGAGUAUUUCGUCAUGCCAGCAGAUGUACUUCCAUUAGUAUCAUCCUUGGUACGCACAGAGCUUGCAAGUCAUGUCUAUAACUUCCGCUGCAUGUCUACAGAUGCCAAGUAACUAUUCAACUAUCCUUCCAUUUCAUAUAAAUUCUGGAUUUACAUGCUGCGUUCUUCGUGAGUGGGGAGUUAUCAUCUGCAGUGAACGAAUGUCGUCCAGCCUGCCCUCCACUUCAGAUGAAGUUGAGGACUGUCAACCAAUAAAGGUUCAACACAAGUUUCGCAAGGGCGUCUUGAAUGAGCCACUGGAAGGCUGCCAUCAUCAGCCACGUCUUCGCACUUCUAAAAUGCUAAGCAUAGUAUCAACGAUGUACAGAAGAAUGGAAGAGAAGCAUUCGCUGCAGAUGAUAACUCUACACCCACCAAGAAUUUGCUGUUUAUCCUGCAAGGGGAAGCUUUCCUUGGUGCCAACUGUUUCUGCAAGUGGAAAUGAAUAUUUAUAUCUUCAGGUUUCUGCUAGUCCAGAGCUGCAUGACCACGAAGCAACCAGUGUUCGUGUUUUUUUGUGAGUUGUGAAGAAUGCAUUGAUUAUAAACUAGACAAGUUGAUGCUCUCGUGUGGCCUCUUCUCCUGUACAUCCUUUCUGUUGAAAUCAUAUGCAUUUGUGACGGUGACUUAGAUCACACCCAAUGAAUCACGUGCUAUGAUCAUGAACGGAUUAAUGGUUGUCCUCAGAACAUUCGGCUUUUCUGUUCUCGAUUAUGAUUGUUACUUACAACUGUAGGUAAAACUGGGCAGCCACUUUAACUCGUGAAAAUAGAAACAGGUGCUCACCCACUACAUGGAUUGCAAUUAUUGCUUUACUAUGCAUGCUCCACGGUCCUGGAAUUCUUCCCUUGGGCCUUUCUCAAUCUGAGAACCAUAUCUGAUGAGUCUGGUCGACAGAGACUUAUUAAUUAAGCUCACAACACAUUCGGGUUGAGACGUCGUGCACUGCAAUCAACAAAAGAGAUCUGACAGUAUUCUCAUGAGCAAACCAAAAUCCCGCUGCGGUAUAUCAUUUGAAAACUAGAGCGCACUGUCCAUCGAGUAUCAUGUGAAGAUAUCUUGCAAGUCACUAGGUCAAAGAACGUGGAUUAAAAAGAGAUCGAUGUAAAAAUGAUGCUCGAUUCCCGCAGCCAUGGGACCUACAAAACCUCAGCAGCAAAAUGUUCAGUUCAAGGAGGGUGGAGCCCACGGAGCAUGAUUAGCCCACGCCGCACAGUAAAAAUCCUUCUCAUAUGAAGCCCAAACCGAAGUUGCUGCACGCAUUCAACACCGCCACAAAAAAUAUUGCCUCAAACCGAAGUCGCGGCACAAGGAGCAGAACUGAAGCGCUUUGCAGGAGGGAAGUUACGUUGAGCAGCACUCGAUCGCCUCUGGAAUGUUCCUCGAGCUCAUCAUGAACUCGAGCUUCGAUGAUGCGCAAGUGUUGGCCGUCGUCUGAUUGCCUCAGGCUGUUCAAAAGGCGACCUUGUGGGGGCGCGCUCGCGAGUGAUUGACAGCAACGGGCCCAUCCUCCCUCUCGAAGAAAGAUUUCACUGAUGCCAUCUCCGACGCCUGCAAGACCUUUCUAGAUGGGACCCACAAACUCAAAUCGCUUGGAUUGCUACUCGCCAUGGAUUAUGCAGAUGGAUCUCCUCCUCCUCCUUACAGAGUCCAACCACUUUCCCACUCUAAAAAAAAGAAACCCAACUGAAUCUACGUUUCAAAAGUGUUCAAUAACUGACUCAGGUUUUCUCUCAUGUUUUGUAAAUAAUUUGUACAUGAGCAAGGAGAAUUUUGUUUCUUUCGGAGCUCCCUCUAACAAAUCCAAUCCCACUCGGGAUCCCGUUGCCCACAACCCAAGACGCGAGCGAGCGAGCGAGGCUGUCUCUCCUGUAUCGCCAAUCGCAAGCAUGAUCCCCUUCCGGUGCGCCUGAAGAUGCCAACCAUCUGUUGUCGUGUCCCCCGGGCUUCACACCCUGCAAUUGUCUGAUUUUGCUAAGCUUCGCUGCGUAGACCUCCCAUCACGAGCUCUCGUAGCGAGGGACUUUGCUUACGAACUUCCUUGUUUUGGGGUCGAGAAUUGUGCCAGAGAGGUCGAAGAUGCUUGCGGCUGGUGGGGAUGUCGGAUUUUGUAGAAUCGGAGAUCGUGGGGUCUGGUGAUGGGGGUGUUGUGGGUAGGAUUUAGGGUUUCGAGUGAAGCCGAUGUUGGGUACUAGGUGUCUGUUUUGUGUGAGAAUUUUUUUUGGGACUUUGUGGAUUGUUUUGGAUUGGGUGUGGCAUUUUGCGGUGGUGUUUCGGGGAAUUAAAAUGUGUUUCAGUGAAUCCUUUUGUUGUGGUGUGGGACGGAUUUGAAUCUGAUGGUCUGUGUAAGAGACUUUGGAGUGUAGUCGUUGUCUUGGUUUUAGUCGUAGAAUUAAGUGCGAGUGUGUUAUACUUUUUUCCUUUUCGGGAUUUUUUCUUCAUUGUGAGUCUUCGAAAGAGAAGUUUUGGAGAGGGAUUCCGUUCUCUACUGAAAGCGUGUAGGGUACGAUAGAGAAAUGGCUGGGAUUUUUAGAAAGAUUUUUGGUAGUUUUUUGCACAAAAAAGAGGAGAAAGAUGAACAGGUUCAGGAGAAGAGGACUCCAGUGGUUCCGCCAGAACAGAGAACUGGUUCAGGAGGUUACAGUAGGAGGGUCACCGUUCCGGCGGAUCCUAUUGUGUACGCUCCGGUUGUCACUCAAUGUAAUGGGAAUGGUGGAGUGCAGGGGUUGACGUGGUAUGCCAAGGAGUUUCGUGCAGACGAUGAUGGCGACGUGGCACAAGAGUUUUUGAGGGAAGUCAUUCCUAACGCCCGCGAUCUCAAUGCAACCAUGCCUCCGUGCUUUGAAGCAGUGAGGCAUACAAGACCAGUGAAGCUGAAAGGUCCUGUCUGCACACAGAAUGGAAAUGUGCAUAUUUCUUGAGUUAAUUAGCUGUUGACACGAAGAAAACCUGAUCCCAUCUUAGGUUUAUUUAUAAUCCUGGGUUAAUUAUGUAAGAUUAGUGGAUCUGUUCCUCCAUUCUUGAGGUAUGCAUGCCUUUAUUGGGCUUUACGUCAUGCUGGUAGCCAACGCACCUAGCAUCAUGCUAUGAAUUGGAAGGAGGUCAUUUUUUUGGUUGCUCGUUGCAAAUGUUCUUCACAAAUUCUGCUGAUUACAACUUGAAUAUUAUGUUUUAAUAAGUUCUUUCA